AUGACUGCUAGUGUCAAACGACCUUCUCAUGAUAAAGUUGUAGCGUGUCGAUAUUUACCAUCAUUUCCGAAUGAAGGUUCGGAAAUCAGUUUCGAUCUUGAAAAUAUGGACUUUGAUCUAUGCACACAUCUCAUAUACACUACUACGGAAGAUUUAACAACAAUAUUUUCACGUGAAUGGGCAGCAAAAUUUCUUGAAAAUGAUUAUACGAAGCUUGUUACCAUCAAGAACAAAUACAACCACCUAAAAAUAUCGUUGGGAAUAAAAUUUCGCGGCAGUACAUACGAAUACCAGCAGAUAACCGAAAACACAAAUAUUGAAAGUUUCAUGGAAUUUGCCAAGGAUUCCCUUUUGGAAUAUGAUUCCGAUGGUCUUGACAUGGCCCUGGACUAUCUAAGAGGGAGUGAUGUAUCUUAUGGUUCAAACCAUUUUGACUUCUACGUUGCAUUUUCAUACUGUGAAAAGUUUCAAAAGAGCUUCAAACCGUAUAAUCUUUUGCUUACUCUAUCAUUCAAUGCCGAAGCAAGUGACUUAGUUCCGCCUCCCAAUCACCAAUACAUAGCUGUGUAUGAUGAUUUUGACGACUAUGAUAUGGAUACGGAUGUUGACCUAACGGAUCAUAUGGCUGAAAAUUAUGCCGCUUUGGCGAAAAACGUUGAUUACAUCCACUUCACAAUGCUCUACAGUACGGAUAUGAACUUUCAUGGCCUCAGCGAUAUUGAAAUAGAACUCAAUCAAAACAUUGAUAAUAUUUGGUAUAUAAUUAAAACAGUCAUCCAAUCUGGUGUGAAUUCGUCGAAAAUCGUUAUGGGAUUGCAAUUUUUUGGAUUCAAAUUGUCCAAAAACAGCAAUGAUCAUAAACUUGGUGCGGUAAAAUUUGAAGAAAUUCUGGGCUACAACGAAAUUUGUGAUUUUCAUUCAGAAGUAAAAGACAUUUGGCAACCGGGGACUGUUGGUGUAUUUAAUCCAUACACAUUGGCGUGCGACGAAGUAACAUUGCGUAAUGAAAAAAGUUAUGUUUUUCUAUACGAGAACACACGCUCAAUUGCAAAUAAGGUUAGAUUGAUGAUGAAAUACGAUAUUGCUGGCAUUCUAGCGUCUCCAAUUAAUAACGAUGAUUAUCGAGGCGCAUGCGACAUUCCAGAGGAAACUUUCACUGAUUUCACAGUAGAUCAGGGCUCUUUUAAAUGGAUCCCACAUAGAGACCAUCCAAAUUUUCGUCUUCUCACAACAAUCAACGAUGUAAUCGUUGUUACUCUGCAUGAAAUGGACCGAAUGCACGCAACUAAAGUGGUUACCGAAUAUUGUUUUUAUAUCCUUUAUUUAUUAGGCGCUAUUGUUACACUUUUGGCAUUGAAAUUCAUUACGAUCAAUUUAUGGCGUCGGUGGAAAAAGUGGCGAAACGCCGGGAAAUAUAAGUCAAUUGAAGGAAGCAAUGUAUGUCUUCUUGAAAAUAACAAAUCUGAUGGCAAAUAUCCAGAGUAA